AUGUCUCGACAGCGUCAAACUGAGCGAGUGCUCGCCACCGACCUCAGCCUGUUGGCGAGUCGCUGCCUAGCCGAUCCGGCCGCCUACCAGGAAGUGUUUACAGCUCAACGCCAACAGUUUGAAACGCUUGCAGCACUUGUGGCCCUGGAGCCUGGCGCUCGCCAUGAUCGCUUCACCAAGUUGGUCGCUUUCCUGGCCACGGUUGCGGGAGCGUACCCGAACGCGUGUCGAGCGGUUGCUGAGUUUCUCGUUCAGUUCCUCACGGAACGGGCAGCGACGCUUCAUGCAGCGCUCCGCUAUGAACUGGUGCAAGCAGUCACCCGGUUUCGAAACCGAAAAGGUGAAACAUUUCUGACGGCUACGGCGGCAGUCGACCUCUACGUGGCCUUACUGCGCUUCCAAGACAAGACACUUCGGCGACUUGUGCUUGGGCAAGUUCUCGCGGAGCUGCGACGGUCGCAGCGUAACCAGCGUCCAUUGCAUGAGAAAAUCAAGACUAGACUUUUACAGGUCUGUCAACGGGUGCUACCGGAGGCAGAUGCAUCGAUGGCAAAAUCGCUCUUGCGUCUCUUUUAUCGAGCGUAUGGCCUUGGGCUGUGGCAGUCCGACGCAAGACUCAUUCAGCUUGUCGCAGAUACGUGCUUUCAUUCGAACACUAGCGUAGCAGCACAGGCUUGUCGCUUUCUUUUGGAGACGGAUGCAGCCGGUCGAUCCAGUGCUGACGACAGCGACAGCGCUGCGGAAUCGACAUCGGCGGACGACGAGGCACCCUCGGAGAAACAACAGGCAGUUCAGAGUCGAGCGUGCAAGUCCGUAGCAAGCGCCGAUGACGGUAUGCUCCGGAUGUUGAAUACACGCUUCAAGCGGACGCAGAAGAAAUCAAGUCGACGGAAACAACGCUUUCAGCGUGAACUGCGACGAGCGCUCCGCAACACCGCGGAGGACGGGGCGUCACCGGGGGCUUCCUCAUUCCCACCGAUGAAUACCCGACGAGGGAAUCCCGGGUCCGAUGCACCUGCUCUGACCCUGUUGUACGACCCGCAGCGUUUCAUCGAGCGUCUGUUGCAUCGACUGGGAGCACGUCAGGAAAAAUUUGAGUUUAGAAUGUUGAUCUUGCAGUUGGCCUGUCGCUGCAGUGGCGCGUGCCGCCAGUGCGUACCCCUGUUGUAUACGGCACUCCAGCGUUACCUGAUGCCAUCUCAGCAGCAUGUGACGCGUGUUUUAGCGAUGCUGGUGGAUGCAGUACAUGCGGAUGUGCCUGCCGAGCUGGUUACGCCCCUGCUCCGACAUCUGGCGCAUUACUUUGUGAGCGAUCGUCGUACAGAUGAAGUCGUUGCGAUCGGUUUGAAUACGAUCCGGGAGUUGUGUGCUCGUGUACCAGACGCCAUGGACUCGAUUCUGCUCCAGGAUCUGGUGCAGUACCGAAAAUCACGUGAUCGGGGCAUCAUGAUGGCUGCUCGUGGCGUUCUCCAGCUCUAUCGGCGGGUGUUGCCAGCGUUGCUGCCUCGACGCGAACGGGGCCGGCCCGUGGCAGCGGCGAAUGCAGCGUCUAGUGCAGAUAGCCGGCAUCGCACUGCAUCUGUGGUUGCCACGGAAGACGACAGUGAUGCUGCCACAGAGUUGUCCUGGACGGAAUUGAAGGAUGCUGCACGCUCAGAGCAUCGUGCAGAUGUGAGUGUACCUGGAGACCUCGAGUACGACUCGACAAGCGAUCAGGAGUACGACUCGAUGUCACCAGAUUCGUUGGCAAGUGACGCAUUUUCGGAUGAGGCUUCUUCCGAGCAGACGAAUGGGUUGUCCUUGUCGUCGUCUUCGCCUGUGACUGAUCGCUGCAGCUUGUAUCCGAUGGGGCAUACGCUGCCGCCAGCAUCGUUAGAAACUGCAGUAGGUGUUCAGUCGGCGGACGGCAGGAGUCCAGCGGAUGCAGAAGCGCGCAACACCGCGCUGAUGGAUCCUUGUGGAACCCUGCCGCAUGCUCGUAUGCCGCAUUCGCCUGAAGACGAUGACGAUGAUGACGAUGAUGAUAUACCCCAGGCAGAUGGUGGCAAUAUUGCGAUGACGGAUCGGGAAGCACUGAGAUCAUGCAGCACCAAAGAGGAUCGUGCGCUCGCCAAUGCGGCCUUCAUGCAGAGCGCUGUUGUGCGCUUUGAAGAGCCAUUCUGUCCGGCGAGUCCCCAGCGCUUGGAAUCCGCGUUUAAGCGCCGGCGUCGGAGUCUGGAAGAGCGCCUCGCAUCUGUGCAGCGUGGUCGUCUUGACCGACCACGUUACUCCGGAGAUCCUCAUCGACAUCACAAGAAGGUUGGCGGUCUCUCAAAUGCAGAGAAGGCGAAACGGAAGCCCAUGGCCAUGUUGCGUCCGAAAAUCUUCCGGCAAAAACGAAAUCGUGGUCGCAAGUCGCGGAAGAGAUCGUAG